UUUCCCCAGCAUUAAUUUUCUUGUGACCACGUGUAAAUAUAAACUAAAGCUAGCAUACAAGCAUAAAUCUAAGCUUAGCUUGGCUUUAUCGUAAACGUAGGAGAAUUAUGGAGAGAGAGGAGUGUUCACACAAUGGAGCUGACACCAGUAUACAUCAAAACAGUCUGAGAGGACCACACAUUCUGGCUAAAAUGAUCAAAGAUGCACUAGAAAAAGACAGACAUGGUGUGAACAAGGACUACAUUGCUGUCAUCAGCCACCUGUCAGCAACUGAAAUGAAGCCAGUAGUAAUGAGGCGAUGGCUCCAGGCACUCAAGCUCUGUGUCUCUCAGCUCACCAGGGACUUUGACCUACUCGUUGGGGCAACACUGAGAUUUUCAUGGUUCGACAAGGAUCCCGAAAUAGUUCAGCUGUACAUUGACUACCUGGCCAACCUCAUCUCUGCUCAGACCUUCUAUCUCAAGAGCACACUCACUUCGCUCUUACAACAGCUGUGGAUACCAACUAACCCAGCUAGUGUGAGCUGUAACAUCCACCAAGCUAUGGACACCAUUCUACAGUUAGUACCCACGGCUCCGUCAGUGCUCAUGCCACUCCUCACCAAGAACUAUCCCUUCAAAGGGAGGGGACCAGACAUUCAGGAGGUAGCCCUGAAGAACGUCCUGUAUCUGACCACAUACUGCCCUGCCCUCAGAGACGGUGUCUGGGAGCUCAUCUUCCAUCAGAUGCUCUCUAUCGAUGUUGACAUCCCCCGUCUUGAGGAGCACGGAGUGAUCAGUGAUGAUACUGACGGUACUCAAUUCCAUGUUGAAGUGGACACUGAACCCAAUCCCUGUUACAACAAGGAGGGGUUGAACCUUGAACCCUCGUACAGUCAUGUCCAGGUGAUGAGUAACGAGAGUGCUGAAAAAAUGGACGUUAUGAUGACUGUGUUAUUGGACCACCUCCACUCACUCUGCUACAAUGAUGGUGUGCUUCUUGUGGAUCUAGCCAGGCACUUCCUCACACUACUGCUCAAGAUAUUUGACCGAAUGGUCCUUCCUACCCACGCAUGUUCCCACGUCCAGUUCCUCCUCUUCAGACUCACUAGUCUACACGAGUCGUUCCCGGGCAUCUUCCUGGAUUUCCUGUGGGAAAAGUUUCAAGAUUUCAACACUCCUGCUGUACUGAGACAAACCUGUGCUGCCUAUAUUGCUAGCUACAUCGCCAGAUCAAAGUUCAUUCCCAUGAUGAUGGCCAAACUGUGUCUAAGCAUCAUGAUGCGUCGGAUUCAUGAGUACUUGGAUGGCUGUUCCCCUGACAAUAUGAAACCAGAGGUCAAACUGCACGGUCCAUUCUUCUCACUCUGUCAGGCUGUGUUCUAUGUGUUUGUGUUCAGGCAUAAGGCACUACUGGACUCACCAGAUGGAUUGAAAUUCUCGAGACAGCUCAAUUUUGAAAGAGUCAUCUCCUCUCGCCUCAACCCUCUCAAGGUGUGCCUCCCGACAGUAGUGGAAGUGUUUGCCUCCAUCACCAACCAUCACGAGAUAGUGUUCUGCUACUCCAUCUUGGAACAGAAUAAACGACUCAUUCUCUCCACUCCAGUUGUGACCCCAGAGGUUAAAGUUCAGCAACAGGAGCAAGCCAACCUCCUCGACUGUUAUUUCCCCUUUGACCCCUACUGUCUGAAAAGGUCGUCAUUGUACGUACAGUCACUCUAUCAGGAGUGGGAGGAAAUGGAAAUAGCAGAGCUGGAAGAUGACCACAGCUCUAUGCCAUGGCCUCCUCUCUCCCCAACAGUCUGCCCAUGACUACCUCACUGGACUCAUCUACCUUACUCUGUAUCACCAUCAUAGACUGAGCACUUUUUACCCGAGGCGCGCGUGGGCAGCCACGGGUAUAGUAGUCUGUUGUUAUAAUUAUAUAGGAUGAAAUCAUUUUCACUACUGUUCGAACAUCGACAGAAUCGAUUUGUAUGUAGGUAAAAAUUUGCUAUUUGACGAACAUUUUUCCUGGGCGUGCUUACCGGAACGCAUGCAAUGCUGUGCAAGGAAGCAAA